GCUGACGCCUUGCGAGCUUCCACGUACACACUCCAACGUCUCUCCCCGCGGCCGGGGGAGAGCACAUCCGGGUCGCUGGAGCAGGUGCCUCAGGCCCCGCCUCUUUCCCCCGUCUCUUGUCCCCGCUUCCGGCUAUCUCAAGUCUUUUCCGCUUGUUUUCUGCCGUCUUUAUCUCCGCUCCCCAGCUCGUUCUGGCGUCUAGGCCCUGGUCCCUACCCCGUGAGCAGCGACUCGCUGCGCAUCUCGAAUCUCUUAGGGCUCGGAGCAACUCUGCGGUGCGUCUUCGCGGUGCCGUUUGUGGUGAGGCCUGCCGCGCGCCGUGAGUCCGUGCAGACCUGACCCCGCGUCCCCCCGCAGCUCGGUUGAGGCCGCCGCCGCCGCUUCGGGAUGCCCCGGCUGGGGUCCGCGCAGCGCUGGGCUGCCGCCGCGGGCCGUUGGGGCUGUAGGCUGCUCGCGUUGCUGCUGUUGCUGGUGCCGGGGCCCUGCGGCGCCUCUGAGAUCACGUUCGAGCUGCCCGACAAUGCCAAGCAGUGUUUCUACGAGGACAUCACGCAGGGCACCAAGUGCACUCUCGAGUUCCAGGUGAUUACUGGUGGUCACUAUGAUGUAGAUUGUCGAUUAGAAGAUCCUGAUGGUAAUGUGUUAUACAAAGAGAUGAAGAAACAGUAUGAUAGUUUUACCUUCACAGCCUCCAAAAAUGGGACAUACAAAUUUUGCUUCAGCAAUGAAUUUUCUACUUUCACACAUAAAACCGUGUAUUUUGAUUUUCAAGUUGGAGAAGACCCACCUUUGUUUCCUAGUGAGAACCGAGUCAGUGCUCUUACCCAGAUGGAAUCUGCCUGUGUUUCAAUUCACGAAGCUCUGAAAUCUGUCAUUGACUAUCAGACUCAUUUCCGUUUGAGAGAGGCUCAAGGCCGAAGCCGAGCUGAGGAUCUAAAUACAAGAGUGGCCUAUUGGUCAGUAGGAGAAGCCCUCAUUCUUCUGGUGGUGAGCAUAGGGCAGGUAUUUCUUCUGAAAAGCUUUUUCUCGGAUAAAAGAACCACGACAACUCGUGUUGGAUCGUAACUACAUUUUGAGAAUUGAUCCACCAUUGCCGCUGUAAUAUUGCUGUCCUCUAAUUAAUUUUAGGUACCGAAGAACUUAAUAUUGGCAACAUUUUUAGAAUCUUACUCAUACGCUUGUUGUGGAGGGAUGUACGAUGCAUAUCCCCAAGCUGUGGAAAGGACACCUUUUUUUAUUUGUAAAGGUAGAAAAACUUUGGGACUAUUUUGGGCUAUUCAUAAAUAUUCAACACAAUGAUCUACUCUUUUCUUGGUUGUUUCUAUCUGCUCUUCGCACACUAAAGUAUUUUGAUUUGGUAUUUUGGUUCCUUUUAGCCAUUUAAAAAUACUUUUCUUGUAAGUAGUGGAGAUUUUUAAAACCUUCAAUUUAAUGUCUACAUGGGUUGUGGAGGAAGAAAAUUACCUUUCAGUUGUUUAUAGGAAAUAAAGUUUUGUUUUUAAGAAAACCAAAUGUGAUUAGCUGUAGCCCAAGCCCUAUUCUGCACUGUUUAAUUUUAUGAGGAAAAAAAUCUACCAUAGAAAUGUUAGUUAGUUAAUAUUGAUAUAAUUUUAAAUUGAUACAUCAUGGUUUAAUUUAUUUCUCAGUAGCUUGGAAAAUGUCAUUUUUAUUGUUUGGGUUUAUUCUAUGAUCUAUAACCAGAUAUGUUAUUUUUUUUCAUAAAGACAUUUUUACCACACAGGAAAUAGUAUGUUUCAAUAACAUAAUAGAGUUUACACAGGCCUUAAAUGUCAGACUGUUGUUAACAGGUAGAAUAAUUACAGAAUAAUUUAAGACACUACAAUGGGGGGCAAAUGAAAUGAGAAGACUUUUAGUGAGUUAUCUGCACAUAUUACAUUUUCAGUGCUUUUACAAAGAAAAAAGGUGAUCUGUUUCAUUUUAAACAUUUGAAUUGGCUAGUUCUUACUCGUAUGUGGCUUUAAUGUCUGAGUCACUCCCAGCUUAAAUUGAGAGUUGUAAUAUAGUAUUAUAAAAGUGCCAUACAUUUUAUCCUAGUGGGUGUGAUGCACUGAGAAGUUAGUUACUUUGGUUUUUUUCUUUCUUUCUUUUUUUUUUUUGUUUUUUUGUCUUGCACAUGUAAUUUGUACAAUCUCUGGUUAGCAGCCCUAAGAUGAUUUAAAAAUUUAGAAUGCCGUGUGUGUGUGUUUCUUAUUUGAUAAUCUUCAUUGAUUGUACUGCAUUUAACGAGUAUUAGUGCAUUUUCUGUAGACUAUAGGGUUUAGACUGUGUUUGUGUUUUAUAACUUGCAUAGAUUGAGCUGAUUGAAGUAAGAGUCCAAGUAUUCUAGAAUAGAAUACAAGAUGAUGCAAAAUUGUAUGUGUUUAAAGCUUUUAUGCUGUUAAAAAAAAAAAAAUUGCAACUGCUUUUUGCCAUGCUUCUAUCCCCCACCUAAAAGUGAUGAGUGCUGAACGUGACUGUCAUAUUGUUAGGACUUUGAUACGUGGUACCACAGAAUACUGAUUGGAUAGCAAUUCUAGUCACUUACCACUACUGACUAGAAGUUAACUCUUAAUUCUAAGCUGUCUUAAGAUGCAUACACACUGCUGCAUGUAAGAGCAAAAUGAAUUCAGGUUGUCCUGCUUGCUGAUUUCAAGUGCUACAGUGUAGCAAGGGAUGAACAUAUUUUCAGACUUUUAACUCUAAAAUUUUUGAAGACCAAAUAGCUACUCCUUCAGCAAUAUUUACCAGUGGAUUAAGAACUGAAGUUUAAGAUUCUGCAGAUUUAUCUAUUGGGGUUCUUGUAUUGGAGUUGUCCUGUAGCUUUUUAAGUGUCCCUCUAGAUUUGCAAAUUUUGAACACUAAUGUUAAAGUGAUAAACAUGGGAGUAUGUUAAAUGUCCUUUUCUGGUUGCCUGUCUGCUCUGUUGUAUUCAGAUAGUUUCACCAUAAUUCAGCAGAGCUGGGUAUCAUCAGUGUGCCGAGUUUGGCAUAGAUAAUGCAGUUAUUUAAUCUGUGCCUAUCAAAACUUCAUGAUAUUUAAAGACUAUUACCACAGAUAAACUUGCGGUGAAACUAUUGAGAUAUAUUAAAAUUUUUUAAAUCACCACUGUUACCUGUUGUAGAAAAUAGUACUGACUUAGUCUAGUCUGUUUGUAACUGGUUAAAGUUUGAUGGCUUGCCUAUACUCAACUAGAUAUGUAUAUAAAAAUUAGAAAAUACAUAUCUCCCUAGACAUGAAUAUUAAGUAAGAACUUUUUUCUUCCUUCCCCUAUAUAAUUUGUAGCUCAUCUUUUUUCUUUAAUCCUUUCAUAACUUGUUGCAACAGUUUGAAUUUCCCAAAUAUUUACGUUUGGACUUACGGCUCAGAAUACAUAUUUAAACAUCAUUAGCUGUAUAUAUUUUUAAAGUAGAAUAAAUAAUGGAAAGGGACUUGAUAUACAAGUUUAUACUAAAAUUCCAACUGUGUGAAGAUACAUUUUAAGAUAUUACUUUGCUAAUAAUCUAAAUAUUCAUUUUUUAUUAAAGAAACAAAUGGUUUGGGGUUCACAGCUUUCAUCCUGGCUUGAUGAUAAUCAUCUUUGAAAACACAGUGGACUGAAAAGCAGUUUUAUUCUUUGAAAGAUUUCAUUUAAAUCUCUGUACUAUCCAUUUUUGCUUCAGUUUGUAAAUGUAUAACAUUUAUGGUUAAAUAGGACAAAGCAGACCCUAUGACUAUUGUUUUCAAGAAUUAAACAAAUUGAUAUAUAAAUUA